AUCUCAACAGUGCAAUGGCUGCUUUUAGCGGGCUUUGUUCUGUGGAAAAGUAUCUACACCUGUCGUUGGAGGCGUCGUUCUAAAGGAUUUCCCCAUCCUCCUGGGCCAAGGGCCGGGGGUUUCAUGGUCUAUAGACUCCUUCGGGAAAACCUCAAAUCUUCACUGCCUUGGAAAGCAUUUUUCGAAUUCCGAGGGAUUUAUGGUGACAUCGUCGGCUUUAAUCUUUUUGGUCGCCAGAUGGUUGUUUUAAACAGCUAUGAGGCUGCCAAAGAUAUGCUUGGGAACAAUGCCGCCACUUAUUCUGACCGACCUACAAUGACCAUGGUGGGAAUGCUGAUCGGUACAGAAGACUCCGCUUUUUCUCUAGCUCGGUACGGGGUGGCGUGGAGAGAGCGACGAGGAAUGCUUCACCAGUUAGUAACAAGAAGCUCAAUGACGCGAUUACAUCCUGCUCUUCGGGAGGCCAGUCUACGGCUACUCGCCGAUGCUCUUGAGAAUCCGGUCGUAUUUGAAAGCACUUUGCAGCAGCGCAUCGGCGGGGCGCUUCUCGAAACGACGUAUGGGAUCACAGCCAAAGACGCCGAAAAGUUGUAUUUGGGUAGGAAGGGGGGAUCCGGUGGAACAUUUGGUUUUAUAAUUUUUGGCAGGCAUUUGGUCGACUACUUUCCUGUCCUUGCGUAUAUUCCAUGGAUACGAUUAAAAAAAGAGGCAGAAUUCCUCCGCGCGGCGCGUGAAAAGUUCCUGGAUAAAACGUUCCAGCAUGCAUUGUCUCAAGACAAAUCUUUGUCUAUUGUGAACAGACUCGUGUUAUCUGGGAAGAACCCAGAUUCCGUCAAGCUUGCUGCUGGCUCCUUCUACAAUGGCGGCGUGGAUACGACCCUCGUCGGGAUAAAAACCUUCCUCGCUGCGAUGAUGCUUUAUCCUGAGGUGCAAAAAAAGGCACAGGAGGAAUUGGACGAGGUGCUCGGCACCUUGUCUGAGAAUGAGGUGAUACGUUUACCAACGUUUGAUGAUCAACAUCAACUUCCAUAUCUAAACGCUGUGAUCAAAGAAGUUCACAGAUGGAAUCCUGUGCUUCCUCUUGGAAUGGGUCAUGCCCCUGUAAAGGAUGGUAUUUAUAAAGGGUACUUUAUCCCUCGUGAUUCGAUCAUCUUCCCAAAUCAAUGGGGGAUGAGCAGAGACGAACGUUAUUACACAGAGCCCGAAAAAUUUAAACCCGAACGGUUUUUGGGUGACAGUCCUGCUCUCGAUCCUAAGGAAUUCAUAUUUGGAUUCGGCAGAAGGAAAUGCGUCGGUCUGCAUUUUGCCGAAGCGUUCAUCUUCAUCACGCUUGCCUCUAUCCUUUCUGCUUUCAAUAUCACGAAGCGCACAAGGGACCACUAUGUCGAGCCCGACCUUCCCGCUGGUCUCGCAAGUUUCAUUGACGAAGUGGUGUGUGAUUUAACUCCUAGGUCAAUCGGAACUGUCACACUGCUUGAAUCCCUCCACUCUUCCUGUUGAGCCUUCGCGAUUAUGGGAUUCCGAACAACCUGGUCUGUGGACCCACAAAUUUAUCCAUUUCAUGUACCACGUAUACUGCACAAUGGGCAAUUCA